GAAUUGGUGGAUGCCCGAGAUGUCACUAUUGGAUCCUGGUUCGAAGCUCAUAUAGAAAAUGUAACUCGAGCAACAAAAGGACAUAAAAAUGGAAAAGCUCAAGGAAAGAGUGGCAAUAAUUACAAAAGGACUAAUGGAAACUUGAGCCAAGAUCAUUCUAGAGAAAAUACAAAUAAUUUGGACAAUACACCUUCCACAUCUUAUUCAGAUUAUAUGGACACUGAUGAAGAUAUUAUUUAUCAUAUCAAGUAUGAUGAAUAUCCAGAAAGCGGCAUUGUGGAAAUGACUGUCCAUAAUCUGCGGCCUCGAGCAAGAGCUAUUUUGAAGUGGAACGAAUUACAUGUGGGUGAUAUGGUGAUGGUUAAUUACAAUGUAGAGAGUCCAGAAGAAAGAGGAUUCUGGUUUGAUGCAGAAAUUACCUCUCUGAGGGAAAUUUCAAGGACUAACAAAGAGGUUUAUGCCAAAAUUAUGCUGGGAGGCCCAGAAGAUGUAAUAAAUGAUUGCAAACUCCGUUUUAUAGAGGAAAUAUACAAGAUUGAAAAACCAGGAGCAUAUCCACUGACAUUUGCAGAUGGAGAGUUCAAAAGAAAAAGUGGUCCUGAAUGUAAACACUGCAGAGCUGACCCAAAUAAAGAAUGUAGAUUUUGUUCUUGUUAUCUAUGUGGGGGAAAACAGGAUGCACAUAUGCAACUUCUCUGUGAUGAGUGUAACAUGGCCUACCACAUAUAUUGCCUGAACCCACCAUUAAGCAAAAUACCAGAAGAUGAGGACUGGUACUGUCCUUCCUGUAAAAAUGAUUCUAAUGAAGUUGUAAAAGCUGGGGAAAAGCUCAAACAAAGUAAAAAGAAAGCAAAGAUGCCAUCUGCCUGCACUGACAGCCAGCGAGAUUGGGGCAAGGGCAUGGCCUGUGUUGGCCGUACUAAGGAAUGCACUAUUGUUCCUUCUAACCAUUAUGGACCUAUACCUGGUGUUCCUGUUGGGGCAACAUGGAAAUUUAGAGUGCAGGUGAGUGAAGCUGGUGUUCAUAGACCUCACGUUGGUGGAAUCCAUGGACGUAGUAAUGAUGGAGCUUACUCCCUUGUGUUGGCUGGAGGAUUUGAAGAUGAAGUUGACCGAGGUGACGAAUUUACUUACACCGGGAGUGGUGGAAGAGAUCUUUCUGGCAAUAAAAGAAUUGGGGAACAUUCAUUUGAUCAAACUCUAACACACAUGAACAGGGCCCUGGCUCUAAAUUGUGAUGCCCCACUGGAUGACAAAAAUGGAGCUGAGUCUAAAAAUUGGAGAGCUGGAAAACCAGUUAGAGUUGUUCGCAGUUCAAAAGGUCGAAGGAUCAGCAAAUACGCUCCUGAGGAAGGCAAUAGAUAUGAUGGCAUAUACAAGGUGGUGAAAUAUUGGCCAGAAAUUGGAAAAUGUGGAUUUUUAGUUUGGCGCUAUCUUCUGAGAAGAGAUGAUGCUGAACCUGCACCUUGGACUACAGAGGGAAUUGAACGGUCAAAGAAAUUGGGCCUGAGUUUACAGUACCCAGAAGGCUAUUGGGAAGCUAUGGCAAAUAAAGAAAAGAAAGACAAAGUAAAAAAACAGCCUAUGAAGCAGGAGCCUGUGGAACAGAGCAAUGGAAAUCAGAAAAGACCAAUUAUUGAUGACAAUAUAAAGCAACCUACAAACACAGCCAAAACCAUGAAGAUGAGUGAUGGAGGGAAAGGAGAAGCUUUUCAGCUAACGCAGCAACAACAAUGGUUGAUACAGGAGGACUCUCCGAACCAGAAAUUAUGGGAUGAAGUUCUUAAAUUUCUUAAGGAAGGACCAAAUUUUUUGAAGAAACUGGAACAAUCCUUUAUGUGUGUUUGCUGCCAGGAGCUGGUUUACCAGCCGGUGACCACAGAGUGCCUGCACAAUGUCUGUAAAAGCUGUUUACAGCGCUCUUUCAGAGCUGAAGUCUUCACCUGUCCUGCUUGCCGACAUGACCUUGGAAAGGGCUACACCAUGGUUCCCAACAAGAUACUGCAGACACUACUUGACCAGUUCUUCCCUGGUUAUAGCAAAGGACGAUGAUAUGUAUUCAUAACCUUCUUCUCCAAAUGACUGAAUAAACUGUAAAAAAGCGAACAAUCUAGGAAAACUCCAACAGUGGACCAGCCAACUUGAGGGAAUUCAUAUUACUGUCACAUUGUGAAGCCGCUAACUCAACCCUCUUUCCCAUUUAGCAAUCUUUUGUGUAGUAAGAACUUCACAUUCACAGCUUCCUUUCCAAAAAGGUAGUUUUGAACAGACGACCAUUAGUUUGUAUGCAGGAAUAGAAACUUUCUUGGCUCUGGCCACAGUAGUAGCAGGUGCUUCAGUUGUUUUUAUAACUACCUCAGAUGGAGAAAACAAUUUUGGGGGAAGUUUAAGAACACAUCAAAUGAAGUUUAGCUACACACUGCCUCCUGAACAUUAGUUUUGCCUGAUCCGUGCAAUUUGAUUUUACAACAAGAAAACAGUACUUAAGAAGCCAGUUUUAUUGCAGAACAUCAAAUUCUGUGGUGUGCAUAAUUCUUUAUUGUGUUUCCUCUCCUGCUGUCUUUCUUACUCCUUUUGCAAGAACAAGCUUUUAGUCUAUUUUUGUGAGCGUUAUUGUGCUCUCGUAUCUUCUGCAAGUUGACUACUAAGGACUGAGAACAAUAUGAAUGCAUUGUUGCUGUUAAUGUAAAGUGAUUUGUGUUUUUUGCACUUAAAGAGGGUAUUCAAGACACUCUAGUUGUGUAAAAACUAUUUCAUAUAAAACAAGCCACUUUUGUAUUAGGUAAAACUGUUUGCUUUUAGUAGGUCUUGUAUUAGUGGCAAUACAUCUUAUAAGCAUUGAAAGCAGUGCUAGCUUGGAGAGGGCUCAAAUUGCUUCAUAUUGUGAUCUGAAAUUUUAUAUACAGUAUAUUCCCCACCCCUGAAUAUACUUAUUAAAUAUUUUAUGAUUCAUAAAGUGUUGAUUGUUUGCAUUUUACACCCAUAACAUGACAGUAAGUAAUUUCCUAAAAUAGUGUUUUUAUAUAUUACAUAAAAUUCCAUUUGAAAUUUUGAUAUGCAGGACAAGUAAACCUGAAGUUUACAUUAGUCCUUUGGCAUUUGCCUUGCAGAGUUAUAUAUUUUAAAAUACAUUUUUAUAAGACUUUCAUUCUGAGGAGUUUACAUUUUCAUAUCAGCUUUUGAUUAAAGUUAGCAAAUUACUACUACUAUCAGAACAGAUAACAUUGAGUACUUACAUACUAGUUUAACAUAUACAUAGCUUUUCAUGCAUUUCUUGAAUCCUUACAUGGAGAAGCUGGUAUUAUCCCUAUAUUACAUAUUAAAACCGAACCUUUUGGUUCUAAGUCAGAUAUGAUACUGAACCUUGGAUUAGCAUUAUUUAACCAGUUUGGGCUUAUAUUUCCUUUUUUUUCUUUAGCAGAAAGAAAUUAGAAUAAAACAAGAUGCUUUAAAAUAAUGGGUGUCGAAUUCACAUAUAACACUACACCAGAAUUUUUAACUUAAAAGGUUAAAGCCAUAGGGACCUAGUUUACAUGUAAUACAUGUAAAAAAUAAAUAUUACGGCUUUCAUUAUGGAUGAACUGGGCCAGUAUCUAAACUCAGGCUGGUUUACACUAUACUUAGUCAAUCAGCCAGGAUAACAAAACUACAGUUAAUCAUGACUUAUUUGAAUUAUUCAGUUUAAAUAAACCAGAGUUUUUCAACUGUGAUAGCAAAAGGAAUCUAGUUAGAUAAAAAUUGAAAGCAGAACUUUUCUGUUUCCUCCUUGGAGACACAGAUUAAAUAAUGAUUUUGCUAGAUCAGCCAGCAGUCUGUUUUAGACAUAAGAGUACUUACGGAAUUUGUGGCCAAAGCAGGAUAAGAAAGCAAAGGUUGCAUUAGUACAUAACCCUAAGUUCAUAAAUGGUUUUAGCUACUCCGGCAGCAAUAGCAGUCUCCCAAGCUGAUCCGUUUCCUUCAGUGACGAGACAACCAUGAAAUUAAAAGCUUUCAUUUGGGCUUUCAGUCGUGGUUAGUCAGUAUAUCUUCAGCCUAGACAACGUUUUAAUUAUCUUCUACUGCAUGCCCAGGGAACCUCUAGCCUGCCUAGUACUGGAUUCUGUGCCCCAUUUCUCUUAUCAAUUGCCAAUAGUGAUGAGGUGUAGUGGGGAUUAGAGGAAUGAUACUGGAAGGAGUGCUGUUCCCCAACUCUUAUCUAGAAAACCAAUUUCAAACUGAUCAAUGAUCCUUGCUUAUUUCAUAAAGAUAGUUAAUGCUAAGCACAAGUGCUAUCUUUGCAGUUAAGACCCAGUUCACACAUAAGCAUGGUUUGUACAUAGAGUUAUGCCCUAUACACCUAAGAUUAAAUUGUAAGUUAGCAUUAUGUAUAAACCAGACCAAAGUUAAUAAUUAGGGAGAAUAUGAGAAGAAAUAAUUCAGUGGCCAAUUUCUGACAUGCUAAAGAAUGACGUUUUGAACAAGCUAUAGUGUUCUGGUUUGCCAAAGCCAUAAACAAGGACUCAACUAUCUUGCACAAUGACUCAAGUAUUCCCCUGCCUCCUAGCACAAAAUUAAAACUGCCAAAUUUUCUGGAAUUUUGAUAACCACCUUUGAGGUGGCUAGAAAUUUGUGAAGCUUUGGGAGAGGCAGAAAUAAAUGUUGGGUUUUCAUGCAAGAUUUCAGCAUUUUAAAAAUACUGAAAUAAACCAUUUUAUGGGGAUGGUGGUUGCCUUUUCCUGAUCCCUGCCAUAAGUCAUGGCCUAGAAAUCACAAUGACUGGCUUUGUGUACCACACUACUAAUAAAAUGUUGAUCAUUUUUCUCGUACAUCAGAACAGUUCACUCUGCUUCGGAGUAAUUCCUGUUGAGUUACAUGGAGUUUAUCCCAAGUUUCGUUACUGUGAAAUUACCGCCUCAGGGUCUACUGGAGCAUUAGUUGCAGGCCUUUUUUCCCCACAAAAACAUUUGUUGUUUGGAUUCUAAUUAUAUGUAGGAGGCACUUUAUUAUUCAUUUCCUAUCCCUGCAAGCUUCUCUGAAACCAGAGGUGGUAAGCGCCACACUAAAUUGGGUGUAUUGUGGUUCUUUUUAGGCAGCUGUUAAGGCAGUUUUCGUAGCAGCCAGCUUGCCAUCAAUGUCUUCAAGUUGGAAUUCUCUUUUGAUAAUUGUGGGCAUCUCUCUGUUUAA